AUGGCGCCGCCUCCACCACCACCUCCGCCGCCCCCACCGCCUAUGUGCUUCCCUUUCACGAAUCGCUCACGAACUCGCGAAGCUAGCCCUCUCAUAGUCCGUACAGAUUCGGAAAAAUCUUAUGCUUCAUUCCAGAGGUCUGACAACCGUUCAAAUGGUUCAUCUCAUAGGUCGGACGACCAUUCCAAUCGUUCACCUCAGAGGUCGGACAACCAUUCCAAUCAUUCAUUCCAGAGGUCGGACAACGAUUCCAAUCGGUCGAAACGAUCGCAUCGCUCCACAGGCUCACGGAACAAGCUUGUCCGCGCCAGAUCCUACUCCCCCACAAAGACCCUUGGAUCAGAUGUAGAGAAGCUAUCUUUUGAUUCGGAUUCAGAAGUAUACGACGUCCCUACGCUUGCUAACGAGAGUCGCACCAAGUUCUCUCAACUCUCCCGCAAUGACAGCAAGUCUGCUCUGACGAGGGUUGAUUCCAAGAAAUCCACGAAAUGGGGAUAUGGAUGGGGACUGGGAAAAAUCAAGGAGAGGGAAAGAGAGAUGUUAGAACGAUCACCUUCUGUCGGCUCAGAAAGGCCUCCGCUUUACAAGUCGCCUACUCGCACCUCUUCCAAGUCGAGCGGCAGCAAACGCCCACCCUUGUACUCGAACGAUUCUGCGAGCACGCUUGUCGGGUCUGCUUAUGAACGCAAGGUUAAUGAUGUUGAAUCUAUCAAGGAGAAAGUAGACACGGCAGACAGAUUAGAGGACGUCAGGAAGUUGAUGGCCAAGGAAAAACUCGAUUACUAUGUGAUUCCGAGUGAGGACGCCCACCAAUCCGAGUACGUCGCAGCCAGUGACAAACGUAGGGCAUGGAUAUCUGGGUUUACUGGAAGUGCGGGCCAAGCUAUUGUCUCCAAGACGGCUGCUUACUUAGUGACCGAUUCCCGGUACUGGUUGCAAGCUCGUGAAGAGCUUGACUCGAACUGGCAUUUGAUACCUGCCGGGGCCGUGGAUGGACCUAAAGAUUGGAUUGAUUGGUUGGUUGAUCGUGCCAAAGAUGCAAAGAUCGGUAUAGAUGCACGCAUGAUCUCACAUGAGAAGGCUACCUUAUUGAACACACAACUCAACAACAAGAACUCAAAGCUCAUCUACCCUCCCCAGAAUUUUAUUGACCUCACUUGGAAAGAAAAGCCCCUGCGAUCCAAGGAACCCGUUUUUAUCCAGUCUCUCGAAUUCACGGGCAGAGAGGCCGGCACAAAAGUCGCAGAGGUUCGCGCCUGGAUCCAGGCACAACCUCCGGCUGUCCCUUCGUACUCUAAAGGAACGCCGACCGCUGCCCAGAUGCACAUUGGCACGUUGAUUACUUCUUUAUCCUCAAUUGCUUGGCUUCUUAACCUGCGUGGAUCCGAUAUCCCUUUCAAUCCUCUGUUUUGCGCCUACCUGUUUAUUUCUCUUGAUCGGGUUGUCCUAUUCUUGGAUGCCGUCAAGCUUACCGAUGAAGUCGAGGAUCACCUACAUGCACUCAAUGUCGAGCGGAAGGAAUACAAUGACAUUUGGGCCUUCCUUCGUCGGCGGGAAUGGGGCGAGGGCAAAGUCCUCAUCUCCCCAGAAACAUCCUACGCGAUCUCUUUGAUGCUGACGCACUUCCGUUACACCGUUAUACCCUCCUUCAUUGACAACAUGAAGGCCAUCAAGAAUGAUGUAGAACUUGAAGGGUUGCGACGUGCCUACCUUCGCGAUGGUGCUGCAUAUGUUAGAUGGCUUGCAUGGCUGGAAUACAAGAUCCAACAAGGAUAUGAUAUUACGGAGUAUGAAGCAGCAUGGCGUCUCACAGAAUACAGGCGGCAAAACAAGCAUUAUUGGGGUCUCGCAUACGAGAAUAUCUCUGCCAGCGGGCCUAACGCGGCUCUUCCCCACUAUUCACCCACGAAAUCUGGCGCCCGGAUGAUUGACCGAGACACCCCUUACCUUAACGACUCUGGAGGCCAAUACCGUGAUGGCACCUGUGACACGACACGCACAGUUCAUUUUGGAAGGCCAUCACAAGAUCAAUCAGAAGCCUAUACCCGCGUUUUGCAGGGUCACAUCGCCAUCGAUAGCGCAGUAUUCCCAGAGGGCACUACAGGUUCCCAGCUUGACGUCCUUGCUCGGCGUGCCCUAUGGAAGGACGGCCUUAAUUACAUGCACGGCACAGGCCACGGAUUUGGCUCGUUCUUGAACGUACACGAAGGUCCACACGGAUUUUCCAGCAGCGUACCUCUCGUUCCUGGUCACGUCAUAACAAACGAGCCCGGUUUCUACCUUGAAGGCCGAUGGGGAAUGCGCAUUGAAUCCGCGCUGUCUAUCCGCCGAGUCAAGACGAAAGGCGAAUUUAAUGGCGAUGUUUGGCUUGGGUUUGAACGCCUCACGUGUGUUCCGAUCCAGACGCGGAUGGUCAAAGAAAGCAUGCUUACCAAGGAAGAAAAGCAGUGGUUGAAAGAUCACAAUAAGAGGUGCCUUGAGAGACUCGAGCCACUCCUAAGGGAUGAUAAACGUGCUCUCAAAUGGCUGAAACGCGAAGCUGACAGAGGGAUUGGUGUCGCUGCUCCAGGCCCUGGUGGCAUUACCAUUGAUUGGGACUAA